AUGAAAUCCUUCGCUACCAUCGCCGCCGCUGCGGCCCUCGUUUCAUCUGCCGCUGCUCUUCCCUUCGGUUGGGGUGACUGGACCGGUCCCAACCCAGCCACAUGCAUGGACAACGCAACCGCCACAUAUCUCGUUGCUGCCUUCGGUAGCUUGAUCUCAGACUACAACGCCACUGUUGCCAACGCCAUCUUGGCCGAUGACCUGGUUGACUGGUCAGACAGCAUCAACGAACUGACCGGUGCCGCACUUGGCACGGCGACCUUCCCCACCAAGGCUGCCUUUGAGGAAGGCCAGGGUUCUCAAGAGGCCGUCCCCUGGGAGACAGUCGCCAUCGAGGCCUACACUUGCGACACCAUUGCCUUCCGAUGGAUCGUCCCUCUCCCACCCAACACAAUCAAGGGUAACACCAUCCUCAAGACCGAGAACUCGGCCGGUCAAGCCGACACCUGGCAAAUCAAGACCAUUUACACCGAAUUCAACAGCAUCGCCUGGUUGGAGGAUAUCGGUGGCUCCGUCACCUACCCCAGCGAGUAG